GUCUGACUAGCUUGAACGCCUUUUCAGGUAUUAACCGCUUUUUAUGUUUAUCUUCAACAGCAGUCCAUAAGUCUCAAUAAUGGAUACUGAAGUUGUGAAGGCAUUCAAUGCUGAGCUUACUUCGGUCUAUGAGUCAAAACCACCGCUGAGUAAAAAGAAGAUUCAAGAUAUCUCCAAAGCAGCAUUAAAAGCCAAAGGUUACUACAAACAUGUUGUGUUCAGCGUCGAGAAGUUCCUUGCAAAGUGCAAAACCGAGUACAAAAUCCCAUGUCUUUACGUUAUCGACAGCAUCAUCCGCACAUCGAAGCAUCAGUUCAAAGAAAGGGAUGUUUAUGCAUCACGUUUUCUCAAGAACUUCUCGAAAACUUUGGCUGAUCUUCUUAGCUGUCCAGUGGCUGACCAACCUCGAGUUGUUCGUACGCUGAAUCUUUGGGGAGCAAAUGGUGUCUAUACUGAAGACCAGCUAGCUCCCUUCAAACAACAGUGUCGCGACAUGGGAAUAGACACGGAUAUCGAGCGCGUGGAGCGUCUCGUAAAGGGAGAGGAUGCAGAUAUGUCAAGAUAUGGAGGAGCUUAUGGCAGAGUGAAAGAAAAAGAGAAAAAGAAACACCAUAGAAAUUCUGCGCCAGAGUCUCCACCGCACGAUUCCUCCGAUCUUGGUCCUUCAACCACACCUCCGAUGCCGCCUCCUGCACAUCUAACUAAUGCAGCUGCUCCUGUAGGUCAGGCUCCUGCUACAGUGAGUUCCACCAAUGACAAUGAACCUUCAGAUGAGAUACCUCCAUGUGGUUUAAGUGAGCGCAAGCUCUUGGAAAUGAUGUUAGACGCGAAUUUUGACUUCAGCGGUGCAUUCAAAAAUGAUAUUGUUUUACUGAGGAAAGCACAUGGGCUUAUUGCGCGUGCGCUGGACGCACGAAUACGAUCAGUGGGUGAGAAGCCGGAAAUCAAGGACCUGCUAUCAAGUCAGUUCGACUAUAGUGAUGAAGAAGAUGAUGGCGACGAAAAUAAGAAAGCGAAAAGGCCUGAAAAGGUUAAGGAAGUGUGUCAAGAGGACUUGUUGAACAUUGCACGGAACCUGAUUGAAGAUCCAAACGUGAUCGCGGCUUUCAAACACAUGCAUGCUGAGCGAAUCGUUGCUCUCAAUCAAAUUGCUGCGCAAGCACAACAGCGGUCUCUCGCUGCUGCGGCUAGCGCAACUGCGAAUACCCCAACAACGACGGCUUCUUCGGGAUUGCCUGGUAGCACAACGCCUAAUCUGUCGUCAGCAGCAGCUGCUGCCGCUUUGCAAGGAAUCAACCUACCGAAAGGUCUGCCACCGGGAUUGACGCUUCCUCAAGGACUUCCGGCUGGACUGCCGAACCUCGCAACCUUGCAGGGCGUCCAAGGCUUACCCAGUCUGCAGAAUCUUGCAGGUCUUCCGUCACUGAAUCUUGCACACUUGUCAGCGCUCAAUCCUGGAAAUGCACAGCAGCACAAUCAAGCUCUAUUAAAUCUACUGGCUAAUAAUUCAUUGGUGUCGAAACUUGGCAACUUGCCCAAUUUGCCAUUCCCGAAUGCAAGGACCCCUGUUUCAAUAGCUGGAGGGAUUGAUCCGGCUCAGUUGGCUAAACAACAGGAAAUCUUGCAACAGCUUGCUUCUGCUGGUGGCAGUGCCGCGUUGAGUGGUGUUCCUCCGCCUUCGGGAUUGGGCCUAUUAGGAGCAGCUCCAGGACAGCUUCUUGGCACUCUUCCUGCUGCACCUGUGCCCAUGAUGACAGAUGAUAACGAUAGCGACAAGGAUGCGAGAAAGAAGGAUCGCAAAAGAAGCAGAUCGCGAGAUCGUGGCGAUCAUAAGCGGCGCAGAAGUAGAUCGAAAGAGCGGAAAACAGAAAAAGUUGACCGCGAACGAAAAAAACUUGGAUUGCCUGCCAUUCAAGAAGGUCUUACCACUGUUGCCUCCAAAACACUGUGGUUUGGUCGUCUACCGGUAAAUUGCAGUGACACAGACAUUAGGACGGCAAUAGCAAGUGCUGGUGAAAUUACACGAGUUAAUUUGAUCAGUUCUCGGGCUUGUGCUUACGUCACUAUGAGCUCAAGAAAAGCUGCCUACGAUGUGUUGCAGCGGCUGGCGGGAGAUUUGCAAAUUCAGAGGAAAGUCGUGAAGGUCGACUGGGCGAAAGGCGCUGGAAUGAAGGCAAACGAACUGGCCAAGUAUUGGGAUAGUGAACGAGGUCUCUCACUAAUUCCUUGGAAUGAAUUGCCUAGUGACAUGGAACGAUUCUGUGAGGGAUCUUAUCUGGAUGUGGAAACGCUUCCACCAGAAAAGAGAAGUUUGUUGACCGACACGGGCGCGAAAGUCACAACUCCGUCUAGUAAUGCUGCUCCAACUAAAACUGAUACCUCAUCACCACAUUCGCCGCAAACAACCAUGCAUGCCUCUCCCAUAAAAUCUUUAGUGCCCGAUUCACCGGCAGUGCUGCAACCAGUGCAUCAUGCGCCACCACAAGCAGUACCACCGCCGUCAUCAUUUCCCCCUUUCAUGGGUUCGUCACAUACAGGCCAUGGUGGACAUUCUUUUAUGGGACCACCUCCACAGAUGGUUCCCCCUCCCGGUUUUGGCAUGAGACUACCCAUGCCCCCUGCACUACCUUCUGGAAUGCCGCCGGGUAUGCCAGGCCAGAUGUUCGGCAUGCCUCCCGGUGGUCCGGGUAGUAUGGUUAUGCCUCCACCAGUGCAUCCUCCAGGUGGCAUGCCACCUCCGUCCUCUAUGCCACCACAGCCGUCCAUGCAGCCACCAGCUUCUAUGCCCCCUGCAAUGCCUGGUGUUUCCGGAAUGCCCAGGCCAGGUCCUCCCGUCCCUCCGGGAGGAGGGGGUCCACCGCCUGGUCCUCCAUCAAACUUUGGUUCACAGCCAAUGAGAGGAGGUUUCGGAGGACCUGGGCUUGGCGGGUUCAGGGGAGGUCGCGGAGGCGGAUUUGGAGGAAGAGGUGGAGGAGGAUUUCAUGGAGAUCGCCCUUUUAACAGAGAAGGACCUCCAAAUAUGCCACCGGCGAGAGGCAUGAACGAUGACAGGCGCGAUAUGGACAGGGAUGGCAGGAGACCUUGGAAUGACAGAAGCGAUCGUGGAAACUUUAGAGAUGGUCCUCCGCGUAGACCUUGGAAUAAUGACGGAAGAGAUGGAAGGGGCAGAGAAUUUGAUAGAGACAGACGGCGUGAUGAUAACAGAGGCGACAAAAGGAGAAGUCGUUGGGGAGAUUCCGAUGAUCGUGGGCCUGAUCGCUGGGAAGGGAGAGACAGACGUAGAAGCGAAAGGGACGAGCGAGACAGAAACCUUGGAGACAGAAAUCGGGAGCGUGAUAGGCACAGAGAGAAUGAUCGAGAUCGGGAAAGGGAUAGGGAGACUGACCGAAGAAGAGAUCGAGAAAGAGAGGAAAGGAACGAUAGAGGUCGCCGCGAAAGAGACGACCGUGACCGCCAUAGGUCGAAGGAAAGAGAGUCCCCUCGUUACGAUGAACCAGUACAAUCCCAAUCCAAUCCCAAAAACGGAUCGGAGGAAGCUAUGGUAACAUCAACGACUGAUGUAGAGUCAAACACCACGCAACAGAACAACCCUGCAGAUUCUGCUGAAGAUCAAAGGAAGGCGAUAGCGAAAGAGGAUCAGAUGCUGGAUAAUGCGCUAGAGAAUCCACCACCUGCAACAGCAUAGUCUGUGCAUAAAAGUUUUGCAUGAUAGCCUUACAGCUCAGAUCAAGUCACAUCUGCAUUAUUGUUAAUUUUUGCAUUACAGUGGACUUUCUUUUCAAUAGAGAUGUUGAACUCAGUGAUCAAUAGGAAAAGUUCAUAAGUUCGAUUCAUCCAAAGUUAUAUAGCACCCAAAAAUGAGUACUUGUUUUCUUUCCGUGUUAGUAACAUGCAUCCAUUCAACUAUGUUGAGCACUGCAAUUUAUCUUCUUUUUUGUUAAGAUGGAGAAUAAUACAGUACGAAUUGAUUCCAAAUGUUCAGCUUAUCAGAGAUACCUCUCGUCAGGAAACCUGGUUGAUGUCAUUUUUAUAAACAGGCAGGGUCGCACUUGCAUGGACAUGGUUAUUCAGUGAAGUUGAGAGAAUGUUCGAUGUACUUUUAUGGUUUUGUAAUUUUGGUUUUAAUUAUCACAGUGGAUUCCUAGGUGUGAAUUGUCAGUCAUGGUCUUGCGUAGCAAAUAAAUUAUAACAAUUCUU